UAGCUUGCCAUGAGGCAGGAACGUGUUGGGCUGCCGCACCCUUCUCCGGUGGGAUUUCAUGACUCAGAGUUAAUGAACGUGUUUACCUACCCGCUUCAUUGUCGAGCUUCAUGUUCAACACUGUGCAUUCUGUUCUGGUGUUUUCGAUUCAUGUGUCGAGCGGUGAUGAUGUGAUGCGGUGAUAUCCGGAAAUGUCUUCACACACGUCACCAUGUCACAGCGUCAACCACCUCCCUCUCUGUCUCGUGAGAGAAGAAUGGAGACCAUUGAAAACCUACAAAACGGACGACCUCACCGUUCUCACCUCCUCCUAGAUGCAAAUCCCCACCAUGACUGCACGCAAUAGAUACCAAGGCACCUUCCGCAAAGUCGUCAUCGCCUUUGACGUUGGAACGACGUUUUCUGGCGCCUCUUACGCUAUCCUUGACCCUGGCCUCGUGCCAGAGGUACGCGGUGUAACAAGGUUUCCUGCCCAGCAAAAAGUCGGUGGCGACUCUAAGAUUCCCAGUAUCAUUUACUAUGACAAGGAUGGCGCAGUGCGUGCUGUUGGUGCAGAGGCCACGCAGGAAGGCUUCCUUGAGGAAGCCGAAGACAACGAAUUUAUCAAGGUCGAAUGGUUCAAGCUCCACCUGAGACCUAAGACCCUAGCCGCAUCACAUAUUACCGAUGCUGACAUCCCACCACUUCCUAGGGGGAAGAAAGGCAUUGAUGUACUUUCUGACUUUUUAAGGUACCUGUUCGAGUGUACCCGCACGUACAUCAUCGAGGCAAAUCCAUCAGGGCCGGCGUUCUGGGAGUCUGUCAAAGAUAACGUUGAGUUCAUAUUGACUCACCCGAAUGGAUGGGAAGGGCCGCAGCAAGCUAUUAUGAGGAGAGCUGCAGUUGUCGCUGGCCUCAUUCCGGACGCUCCUCACGGACAGGCACGAUUACAAUUCGUUACGGAAGGCGAGGCGAGUUUGCACUUUUGUAUCAACAAGGGAAUCUUGGGCAAUGAGCGUCAGGGAGACGGUAUUAUCAUCGUCGACGCUGGAGGUGGUACAAUUGACCUCAGUGCUUACGGAAAGACAUCGAAUUCCAACACCUUUGAGGAAAUUGCGGCGACCCAAUGCCGGCUACAAGGGUCCGUUUUCGUGGGUCGACGCGCAAGGUCUUACCUCGAAGAUGCAUUGGCGGAAUCGAAAUUCAAAGGUGAAGAAGAUAUCAAUCAAAUCACUAGCGUCUUCGACAAAACAACUAAACUUGGUUUCCGCAAUGCAUCUGAGCCGCAGUUCAUACGCUUCGGCAGCGCUCGGGACAAGGAUCUUGCUGUAGGCAUCAGAAAUGGGCAGAUGAAACUCGCUGGCGAUGUCGUUGCCAAGUUUUUCGAACCUUCGGUCACAUCAAUCAUCGAAGCCGUGACGGAUCAGAUGCAGGAGGCUUCUCGGAGCGUUUCGACCAUAGUUCUCGUGGGUGGUUUCGCAGCUAGCGACUGGCUGUUCUCUCAGCUGCAACAACAACUUGGAUCUCGUGGAUUAUCUAUCUGUCGCCCCGAUGGGCACGUAAACAAGGCUGUGGCUGAUGGGGCGUUGUCAUUCUAUCUCGACCACUUUGUUUCCGCUCGAGUCGCUAACUUUACAUACGGGAUCGAAUGUGUCACAGAUUUCCAACGUUCCAAACCCGAGCACCUCAUGCGAGCAUCAACAGUGAUUCCUAUGCCCUCAGGCCGGUCUGUGGUGCCUCAUAUGUUCAGUCCGAUUCUGACGAAGGGCACUCAUGUGCAGGAAGAGAAAGAGUUUCACCAGAAGUAUUGGCAAGAAGGCUCACACAUCCGUUCAAUGGAAAGCCUUUAUGUCGACCUCUUGUGUUACCGCGGACCAUCCCCUGCUCCUGAUUGGAUUGACCUCAAUCCUCAUAUGUUUUCCACUCUUUGCACGGUACAGGCUGACACAUCUGGUAUAACGCGAAGCUUGGCUCUGGAGAUGGGACGAGAGGGCCAAGCCUUCUAUACCAUCAGAUUUGACGUCGUCCUCCUGUUUGGGCUGACGGAGCUCAAGGCUCAGCUCCAGUGGGUUGAGAAUGGCGAAACGAAACGGUGCCCUGCUGUUAUUGUGUAUGAUGAUGUCAAAGGGAUGAGUUAAGCGGUGUAUGGGCUUCCGUUGAUUCAUCCUGCUUCCUGUGUCGCUCGCUGAUAUAUUUCGCAUUCAUUACUUCAUUUUCUGGGUCCCGCUGUACAUUCUCUCCAGCAAUAUAUAUUCAUGACCGUUAAUUCAGCGUAGAUGCUCUCGAGAAGCCACCCGUACAUCUAGUAUGGAACCGGGCACAUCAAUG